CACAAUUUGCCCGCUGGGAUUCAUCCUGAUAACGUGAACUCGUGGGUAGGGACUCAAAAUACAAGAGACAGUCCGGACAAGAUAAACAACGAUUUGCUCAUUAAUAUCGCAAGUAGAAAGCCGAACCCACCCCUCACUUGACAACGCGACAUCAACCAGGCAGAAAGGUUCCUUCUCAUCUUUCCAUCUUCCAUCCACCCUAACCCGCUGUGUUGGGGAACCCCCUGAUGAGUGGGACCUGUAUUCAUGAGCCCCGCGCCCCUUCCCCCUCCCUCUCAGGCUUCAGCACCCCCAUCUCAGAACCCCCCUAUCGAAGGCUUGAUGGAGACACCCCUGCCUGCACCCCUGAAACUGACCUGACCCCCACACAGUGUGUCCUGCGCAACGUGCUGUCCAUUGACACCGGUGGACAGGGGGGGCCGGGUGGUAGCAGCCCCACACCAAGUGAUGGACCCCCAGCCCACUUUGACAACAGUGUGCUAAAACUGCAUGAACAUGAAGCCUGUCAGUGUGGCGGUGGGGCAGAGGCGGGGCUUAGCUCGGAGGCCGGUGCUGUCCGUAGCCAGUCGGAAAACAUCCGACUACAAUCAGGAAGUGGAGGAUUUUUGGAGGGACUGUUUGGCUGCCUGAAACCAGUCUGGACCAUGAUUGGAAAGGCCUACUCCACUGAACACAAACAUAGCCAAGAAGAGUCCUGGGAGGUUCCAUUUGAGGAAAUCUCAGACCUGCAGUGGGUGGGCAGCGGGGCACAGGGGGCGGUCUUCCUCGGCAAGUUCCACGGAGAAGACGUGGCCGUGAAGAAAGUUCGAGACAUCAAAGAGACUGAGAUCAAACACCUUCGUAAACUCAAGCACCCCAACAUCAUCACUUUCAAGGGUGUGUGCACCCAGGCUCCCUGUUACUGUAUCCUGAUGGAGUACUGUGCCCAGGGCCAACUGUACGAGGUGCUGAGGGCCGGCCGUAAGAUCACCCCCUCCCUCCUGGUUGACUGGUCCAUGGGCAUUGCUGGUGGAAUGAACUACCUCCACCUCCACAAAAUCAUCCACCGAGACCUCAAGUCCCCCAACAUGCUGAUUACUCACGAUGAUCUGGUAAAGAUCUCAGACUUUGGCACCUCCAAGGAGCUCAGUGAUAAGAGCACCAAGAUGUCAUUUGCUGGCACUGUAGCCUGGAUGGCACCUGAAGUCAUUCGGAAUGAGCCAGUGUCAGAGAAGGUCGACAUCUGGUCCUUUGGAGUGGUGCUGUGGGAGAUGCUAACCGGAGAGAUCCCAUACAAAGAUGUAGACUCAUCUGCCAUCAUCUGGGGUGUGGGAAAUAACAGUCUUCAGCUGCCCAUACCCGAGAGCUGCCCUGACGGCUUCAAGAUCCUCCUCAGACAGUGCUGGAACUGUAAGCCCAGGAAUAGGCCCUCUUUCCGUCAGAUCCUCCUUCAUCUGGAUAUAGCCUCAGCUGAUGUACUCUCCACCCCACAAGAGACAUACUUUAAGUCCCAGGCUGAGUGGCGGGAAGAGGUGAAACAGCACUUUGAGAAGAUUAAAUCCGAGGGCACCUGUCUCCACCGACUGGAUGAGGAACUGAUCAACCGUCGCAGAGAGGAGCUCAGGCAUGCUCUGGACAUUCGCGAGCACUAUGAAAGGAAGCUGGAGAGAGCUAACAACCUUUACAUGGAGCUCAACGCUGUCAUGCUGCAGCUGGAACUCAAAGAGAAAGAGUUGCUGAGGCGAGAGCAGUCUUUGGAUAAAAAGUAUCCAGGCCUGUUCAAGCACCAUAGCUCCAGGCAGAGCAGCUCCUCCAACUCCAUGGACAAACUCAUCAAGAAGAGAAAUGUCCCACAGAAACUGCCAUCAGGAAAGAGGCCAGACAUCCUCAAGUCUGAGGUGAUCAUUCCAAAAAUGGACUCCUCUGUGAUGCAGGUCACUAUCCCAUCCUGCCCCAACAGAAGCUCCACCUCUCCCAGCCGGUCUCGGAGGGUAAAGACCCGCCAUCGCAAGCCUGGCAAAGGCAGCAGUGGGGACCUGGCGGGACUAAAGGCAACUCAGUCCUCCCCCAACAGGGACGCAUCUGUCCAGGCUAACAGCUCCACCACCAACCCCUCCAAGCAGCUCCUGGAGCCCAGUGCAGCCCUGCGGGGCCUCAGCCACGAGCAGCAGCAGAGGCAGCUCUCCUCCUCCAGCCCUGACCUCAUCUGCACCACACUGGAGGCUGAGGGACAGGGGAAAGGGGAGACGGCAGUGGGUGGGCUGGAGAGAGGGGGAAGCCUCAGCGCCUCUGCAGGCUUAGGGGGGUCCGAGGUAGGGGCGGCUGGUCUGGACGACCUCACAGAAACGCCUCCACGCAGUGACACUCCCAGUGAGGAUGCUGCAUCGUUCCCAUUCUCCAGCAGCCCAGACUCACCGUGUGGGAGGGGGGCAGCGGCGGGGAGGGGGUCCCUGGGAUCUCCACGCCUGCCCCAUGAUGGGGAGGAUAAAGAAGAGGGAGCUGGGGCGGUGAGAUUGCCACGCGGGGCAUCGGGGGGCAUUGGGAGCCAGCACCUCACACCCUCAGCCAUUCUCUAUAGGGCAGCUAUCACACGCAAACAGAGGCGUGGAGUGUCAUCAGAAGAGGAGGAGGGUGAAGUUGACAGUGAGGUUGAGUUGCCACGGAGACGACGUCCGACUAGCAUCACUAAGUGCCAGUCGGUGUCAACCUUCAGCUCAGAGAACCUGUCAGUAUCGGACGGAGAGGAGGGCCACACCACUGACCACUCCCACAGCGGCACGCCAGACGUGGUCAGCACCAACACGGACGACAGGUUGGACGACCGCAGCGAUGACCUCCUGUCUCAGGGGUCAGAGAUCCCGGCGGACAACACCGACCCGGCCCAGGCUUCCGAUGGCCUGUCGGAGAGAGACGGAGCCCUGGGCCAGGCCAAAGCCCCACUGGAUGCCGGGCAGAAUCCUAACGAGAGUCGGGCCCUGUGUGACGAUUCUGACUGCGACAGUGCCGAGCUGGAUCAAUCAGGUAGCGGAGAGCCCAGUCGCCCACCCAGCGCCGGUGCCUGGGUGCCGCUGUCCCAACCCGGACCCCAGCAGGGGUCUCCACAAGCACCCCAUACUGGCCCCCCGUAGAUCACUGGACACUAGCAAACAACAACCAUCACAUGCGUACACCAAUCUGUCAGUGCAGUACAUUACUGUUGUCAUAAGGGGUCACACCUACUACACUACUCAGACUAUGACAAGUUGACUUAUGGUGUCUCAUAAGUUUGUCGGUUGGUAAACCUCCGUCAGAUGACAUAGGACAUUUUGUCAUAACCUGGCAUCAGAUCUUUUGGCAGCUUGUGACAUCAGAUAAAUGUCAUUUAAGUUCAGUAGGGUUUUUGGUAGAGUUUAGGCGAACAGUUACCCGGGUACCUUUAGCCACUGCUCCAGUUCAGCAAAAACCCUCCCACGGACGCACACGCACGCACAAGAUAACACUCUUCGUCCUUUAAACACCCUAACCCUCACUCUGGGAGAAUCCUGAUAUUCCAUACACUAAUGCAUCAAAUACUAAUGAAUAAUAAUGUAAAUAUCCAUUACAUACCACAUGAGAAAUAUCUAAAUUUAUUUUAUGUGUAAGAUAAAAAUGUAAGACUAAACGGUAUGCAGCCCUAUGAACAAAUGCAUGACUACACGUUUAUAAUUUAUGGUUUGGAUGUGUCUGUUUUAUAUUUUGUGAGAAAGUUUACACUUUUUUAAUCCUGAAAAUAUUACUUUUUUUGUUAUUUAGUUUUUUUGUUUUUUUCAUUUUUGUUAAUAAAUGUUGUUGGCACUCAAAAAAAAUGAUGUCAAAAUGGAAUGAAAAUCUCACUAAAACAUCAAUCAUGGAGCUUAAUUAGGGUUCUCAGUAGGUAACAUUUGUGUUAUUUAUUUUUUAAAUCCUCCUACCACUGAGUUUCAAAUACACAUUGCUUAUGAAACACGCUUCGGGUUUUUAUGAAGCCUAUCAAAUUUGUGGUGAGCUGGGAGUCAAAAAGCACUCUGACCGGUGUUGUUUUCUCUUCUGUUUUGUUUUUGUCUUUUGUUUUUUUUCAGCAAAAGUUGUUAGUUUUUGGUUUGUAAUUUAUAAGUAAUGCAAGGGUAAGCAUUUUAAAGGUGCUGCAUGUGUUUCCUCAGAGAAAUUAGGUUUAGCUUCUCUGAGUUGCACUAGUAUUGCUAACCAAAGUAAUAACUUCUGCUUCAAGUGUGUCAACAACACCGGGCCUGGUCCUUUUUGUGAUGAAGAGUCCCGGUUAGUAACAUUUGUAUGCUUCUUAAAAACCUGAACUAUCCCUUUACCUUUUACGAUUACAGCGGAAGUAGCCAGAUCAAGAAUAGAGCACUUCUCUAUGGUGGUACUAGUAAAACAGUAAGUAUCCUUUGGAUUUGAAUAGAGGUUUUGUUUUUAUACAGCAUUGCACAUUGUACCUGUAACAUAGGAAUUAUAUCAAAAUCAAAA